GACCUUAUUAUGCAGGAGUGAAACACAGAGUGAGGUCACAUAAACAAAGUGUGUGUUCAUCAUCUUCUCUUCUUUUUUCUCAAGCCCCCCUCUCUAAUCACCCCGCUUCUCUGAAUCCCUUUCUGUCAUCUUCUGUCUUCAAAAACUUCAAUUUCACGGUUUGUUUUUUCUUGAAUUUGAAAAGCUCAUUAAAAUCACACUCAAAAAGCAUAGAAAAAAGAAGCAAACCCGUAAGGGUGUUUUUGAAAGUCAGGCGAUUCAGAAUAGAGAUCCAGGUUUUUUCUUGGUAUAAAUUUCUGGUUUUUUUUUCUUUGAACAAAACAACUAAGAGGGUUUAUUUUUCUGUCUCUCUGGUUGCUUUUGGUGUUUAAUUUCUUUUCUUUAUAAGGAUAACAAAAGGUUAGUUAUUUUUAAACCUCUUUGAUCCUUCAGUUUGCGUAGAACUCUUGCCUGUUCUUUAAUUUUGUUAUAAGAAACAGGUUGGUACUUAGAUUAUUUCUUUUUUUUUUCAAAUCUCUUUCUUGCACUUUGCAAUUUCUACUUUUAUCUCUCUCUCUCUAUAAUAUUUUAUUUUUGUAUCUAACUUUGUUGAGAAGUCAUGGCAGCAGCUAUAGAUAAUACAUACAGUAGCAGCAGCCCAAUUUUCUCAGAUCCCUUCAGGGGUGAGUUUAUGAAAGCACUUGAGCCUUUUAUGAAAAGUGCCUCAUCAACCAUCACCACCACCUCCUCCUCUCCUUCUUCCCCCUCCCCUUCUCACUCUACUUCCUCCCUCUCUCCACCCUCUACCUCCUCUUCUUCUUCCUCCUAUUACCCUUUUGGCUCUCCUUACUCUUCUCUCUCGUCGGAGCCCAACAUGUACCCUGGUUUUAGCUCAUCCCCAUCCCCAUCGACAACCCACGUGUUUUCUCAAGGGUUCUCGAGCCAUGACCAAAUGGGUUUUGAGCAAUCAGGUCCUAUUGGACCCAACCACCUCACCCCAUCUCAAAUCCUUCAAAUCCAAGCUCAAAUUCAACUCCAACAACAGCAACAACACUACUUAGCUUCAUUAGCAGCAGCCUCAUCAAUCCACACCCAAACCCUUGGACAAAAACAACAAUCCUCUGGUUUUCUUGGCCCCAAACCAAUCCCAAUGAAGCAGGUCGGAACUCCGGCGAAGCCAACCAAGCUCUACCGGGGAGUGAGACAGCGUCAUUGGGGUAAAUGGGUUGCAGAGAUCAGACUCCCCAAGAAUCGAACUCGUCUUUGGUUGGGCACUUUUGAUACUGCUGAAGAAGCUGCCCUGGCUUAUGACAGAGCAGCUUACAAGCUUCGUGGAGACUUUGCGAGACUCAAUUUCCCUAAUCUUCGCCACCAAUUAGCUGAUUACAAGCCUCUCCAUUCCUCUGUCGACGCGAAGCUCCAAGCCAUUUGCCAGAGCCUUGCCAAUUCACAGAAACAGGGGAAUUCAGGGGAGCUUUCAACAGAGUUCUCGAUGCCAAGAACUGAAAAUUUCUCUGAUAAUUCGACGAAAAGUGAACUGGGUUAUACAGGAUCGGAUGAUAUCUUCUUCAAGGUAGAGGCCUCGCCGACAUCGUCGCCAUCACUGUCUGACGAAUCAUCGGCAGGGUCUUCGCCGGAAUCCGAUAUCACUUUCCUGGAUUUCUCAGAGCCUUCAUUCGACGAAUCGGAGAAUUUCACGUUGGAGAAGUUUCCUUCAAUUGAAAUUGAUUGGUCUGCUCUCUAGUAUAUCUGUUUUCUUCACUCACUUUGUGUAAUUGUAACCUCUGUUUUUUUAGCACUUUGUAAUUUUCCUUUUUUUGUUGUCUGUACUUGUAAUUUGGUGUCUAAAGUAGCUUCUGCAAAUGGGUUUUUUGACAUUUGUAGAGGUGAAUUUAAGUUAGGAAGGUCAGUCAUUUGAAAGGUUUUAUGUAGUUGUUAUGUUUAUAAAUAAUGGAAAGAUCUCUGUAUCUUGGUCGGCUGGUGUUUUUUUCUUCUAUACUUGGCUGAGGGAGAAUUUCUAGUUUCAGUCUUUGGGUUUGUACUUAUUUGGUCUUUUUUGAAUGUGUUAAUGUACUGUUCUUCUUUUUUGUGUAAGUUAA